CCUGCGAGCGGAGCGUGGUCGGGAAGCGCACCAUGGACCCGAAGGCGGGCGGCGGCGGCGAGGAGGACGACUGCGCGGACUCCGGCGCCGAAACCGGAGGGUCUGACUACAGCCACCUGUCCUCCACCAGCAGUGAGCUUUCGGUGGAAGAGGCGCAGGACCCUUUUCUGGUCAGCAUCCACAUUAUCGCGGACCCAGGGGAGUCACAGCCCCUGCAGGAGGCUAUCGACAAGGUGCUGGUGUGGAUCCACCCGGACCUGCCGCUGUUUCGGGUGUCAGAGCGGCGGGCACGCAGGCGGCGGCGGAAGCCCCCCAAGGGCGCGCAGCCGGCGCUAGCCGUGGUGCUGUUCCUACAGGAGGAGUACGGCGAGGAGCAGAUCCUACAGCUGCACCGCACGCUGCAGCGACCACCCUGGCGCCACCACCACACAGAGCGUGUGAACGGCCGGUUCUUGCCCUACCUGCCGUGCAGCCAGGACUUCUUCACCCUGGCGCCAGGGACCCCACUCUGGGCCAUCCGGCCGGUGCACUACGGCAAGGAAAUCGUACGCUUCACCAUCUACUGCCGCCACGAUAGCUACGCCGACAGCCUGCGCUUCUAUGAGCUGAUUCUUCGCCGGAGCCCCAGCCAGAGGAAAACCGACUUCUGCAUCUUCCCCAUCUUCUCCAACCUGGACGUGGACAUUCAGUUCUCCUUGAAGAGGCUGCCCUGUGACCAGAGUCCCAUCCCCACUGAUUCUUCGUUGCUGGAGUUCCGAGUGAAGGACAUGGGUGAACUGGUGCCCCUGCUGCCCAACCCUUGUAGUCCCAUCAGUGAGGGGCGCUGGCAAACGGAGGACCACGACGGAAACAAGAUCCUGCUGCAGGUGCCAAGGGCACACAGGAAGUCUUCCAAACCUGGCCAAGUGCAUCACUCUGACAAGACAACUCGUUCCAGUCCUUUGCCAAGUGCCACUUCCCAAAGUCAUGGCAGCAUCCUGCAGUCCCCAAUUGACAACCCCCUCCCAGGGCCCAGCUGGAUGCACCUGCCUCCCCAACACCAACAGGAACUUGCCAACCCAGCCAACAGCCCCCAAGGCCCUCCCUGGUGUUUCCAGAGAAGCAAAUCCUUAUUCUGUUUGCCCACAGAUGGCCCCUCACCAGCCUCCUCCUCUGAACCACAGUGGCUUUCCAGCAAAGGGCCCAGGGCAUCAGAGCGGAGGCAUAGCCAACCUUUCUCCAUUGACGACUUAGAGGGGGCCCAGGAAACAGAUGUGGACACAGGCUUACGGCUGUCCUCUUCGGACCUGUCUGUGGUCUCCGCGUAUUCUGCACCCAGUCGGUUCUGCAACACGGCAGAGAUGCCAGUCCCCUCUGAAAGCUGCACCAGCCACUGGCCAAGGCAUGAGAAGUCCAGAGAAGGACUACCCCAUGCUGUCAGCAAGGCCACCACGGGGGUUUCCUGGGUCUCUGUCCCUUUCUUCAGCACAGCCUCUUCCAGCUCCUCAGUGACAGCUGGUGCUGCUGUCCCAGAUGUAAGCACUUCCUCACUUCCAAGGUCACCCCCAGAACACCCCUGUGAUGCUCCCCAACUCUCACAGACUGGCAGAACCAUGCCACCUCUCCCAGUGUUGGCUGAUCCUGGGGAAAACGACGUGGAAGAAUUCUACAUCUGAAUGCCUCCAUUCUGGUUUUCCAGACACAUCAGUGUCCUCAGCCCCACACCCCAGGUCUGUCUGGAAUUUAAUUAUCUCCUGCCUGGGAACCAUAAGCACAUUUGCCAUGCCCUCCAUUCGUAACCAAGAGAUGGCAUCUUUUAGGGACUUGUUGGAGAAUACCAACUUUUGAUGCAAAUAAAUCCAAGACAAAGCUAGUGCCCGUAGAAUAUAUUUCUGAAUGCUCAAUUUGAGGCCUGGCUUACUGCACUUACACCGUGUAAAUGCAUCGUUAUAAUGAUUUGAGAUGAAAAAGAAAGCCUUGUCAGCCAGAGCUGAUUAGCACAUUUUCCCACUGAGGAGGAAAAACAAUUAAAGCCAGAAUAUUGAAUGUGGAAAGCGUGCUAAGUGACUUGUGGGAACCACCCAGGCACCAUAAUAGAAUAUGCACCUUACAGGACUCUCCGUACGUAUGUGCAUGACCAGGGAACAGCAGCCCUAGGGAUUUCCAGAUCUUAGAGUGGAAAAAUCAGCUCAAGAAGACGGCUGUCACCAGGUAUCAGACUAUAGAAUGACUCACUUUGAGGCCAUGCAGCUACUGAAAAUCUGGAUUUACAUGAAAGUGACUGGGAUACUUUGUAAGGAUGCGGCAUGAGUAACAAACUGCUUGUGCAUUUCAGCUAUGAUUUGAAUUCCAAAAAUUAGACUUGCAUCUAUUUUUCAGUGAUAUUCAUUAUAAUGAAUGAGGGCUGCGGAUAACUACUGCACUAUCCAAAUUUACAGGAUCACUGUGUAAGUCUCACUCUUGGGCUUAUAGAAUAAUAGGCUGUCACACAUAAUUGGUAGUCUUAAGAUUUACAGUUUAAAAAGCACAGUGUAA